UCAAAAUUUAUACAGAAAAAUAGGUGUGAAGGGCCCUCCACCUAUUUGAUUAGCCACAUAUCAUACCUUUCGGCAUCUCCAAUGACCAUCUCCCAACACUAAUUCUCUCCACAAACUUCCCAUACGUAUGGAGGAGAGCCACCACCUCCUCCGUCCACUUCUCAACCAAUCCACCACCACCGCCGCACCCCCACCAAAAGACGAUCAUGUCGUCGACAACCUCAAGCCCAUCUCGUCGAAUUCGAGCAUAAUUCUCCGGCUCACUUUGGUAGCUUGUAUAGGCAUAGUCUCCAUAUGGGCAAACCAUGAGGCCUCCAAAGGGUACGACAUAACUAUAGUCAACGAGUCGGGCGAUACAUUCUUAGGCAAGCGAUUUGAACUUUUCUAUGUGUCGAACGAUGAAGCAGUUCGUCUCGUCAUUAGGGCAAGUAAAGUUGUCGAGAAUUUUCUUUACCCUGAUCAUGAUAGCCACAUCAAGAAACCGAUCAGCCACAUAAUUGUGAAGUUGGCUGACCGGAAUUUGACCGAUGAUAUCUUUGUAGAAUCGACCACGGACCACAAAUUUGUACUUAACAUAAGUCCUUCGGUUAUGGAAGGUACAAGUUUCAGGCAGGUUGUGUUUCAAGCAGUGAAACGAGGCGUGGCACGUAUUUCGCUAUGGGACGGUCGAGGUAACGCGCCCCAAAAUCUGAAAGAUGGCAUUGUGGAAUACAUGAUCGGUCACUUAUGGGCUACACGGCCGCCGUCCGGUCACGAUAAGGCUAAGCCAUUGCGGUCAGCCGCCAGGUGCUGGAAGCACGCCGACUCCAGAGUGGUGGCGGAAUUCUUGGACUACUGUGAGCGCCGCCGGCCCGGGUUCAUUAGAAGAUUGAAUCACGCCAUGAUGGACGGCUGGGAUGAUGGGAAAUUGGAUGGUCUAUUAGGCCAGCCGGCUCAGACUCUCUGUACAACUUAUGAGUCGUUAAGGUACAACAUUUCCAGCGUGUAGUGCCUCACAUGUCACUUGGGUUGGGUCAGCAUUGUCCGCCUGGGGAAAACUAUUGCUCCAAUUAUUGGGUGGAGGUGGGUGUGGGUCCACCGCAGCACAUGGUGGAUCGUGUGGCCAAGGUACGUUGUGUGGGGCCUGAUGCUUCCACCGUUGAUGAUGAUGUUGAUGAGAAAACGAGUUUCAUGCUUAUCACCGUCUUGUGAUCCUAAUAAUUCUUUUAUUUUCUUGUAAGUUGUAAUUUUACACAUUAUUAUAAUUUGGCUUUGGUAGGAAAAAUUAGUUGACA